GCACUGUGGAGUAGCGGGGGCAGCGCGGGCAAAAAAAAAGAGAGCGAGAACGAACGAACGGGAGGGGGUUUCCACUGUAACGAGAACGCGCACGGGUGAGCGAACGUGUGUGUGAGAGAGAGAGAGAGAGAGAGAGAGAGGAGGAGGAGGAGGGGGGAAGAAGAAGUGGAGGAGGAGGACGCGGUUUCCUCUCCACACGCGCCGCAGGAACACAGCGAACCGACAGGGAGGGAGGGAGAGAGAGAGUGCGAGAGAGAGGGAGAAAAAGAGAAAGAGAGGAACGCCAGCAGCUCGAACGUGGCUCUCCUUGUGCGUGUGUUUGUAACCUCGAACGCGGCCGCGGCGGAACGGAGCCGCUCCAGACGAUGAAUGCAGUGAUCCCGGACGCGUCCUCGUGACAGCCAUCUUUAAGAGCGCGUUCUUAUUUUUUUUGUAUGCGCGCGUGUGUGUGUGCUCGCAGGCUAAUUUUUUGGUAGGAUUAGGAGGAGGACGGUGAGAGAGGAAAGGAGAAAGAGGGAGGGGGAGAGAAAAAUUCGCCCUUCCUUUGAGGUAGGAUAUGGAGUAUAAUAGCGUUGAGCGUCCACGAGCCUAGAAAGCGCGCGCCUCAUUUUUCUCCUUGAACUGGGUUGAAAUACUUAUAUAUAUUUUUUUACUAACAUUUGUUUGUUAUCCAUAAUAUUUUCGCGGCACGGGUUUUUAUCCGCAGAGGGUGUUUUUGUUUCUUCUGUCCCCGGGGCGCGUGCGCUACUCGGUGUAUUUUGCAAGAUUGUCUCCUUGUGCUGGAGCGCGUUUUAGGCCUUUGGGUAGGAAAUUGGAAACAAAUGUAACAACGGGGUUCAGAAUCCGGAGUCGGACUCAUUCAAGCUUUCAGUCCUAAAGCCGUCGAUUCAACCAUUUCCGUCCGUGUGUUGAAGACAAAAGCUUCAGUCAGGGAAAAGGGGGAAAAAACAACAACACGUCGUUUCUAAUAAAGGCAACAAAAAAUAAAUCAUAAUUAUUCGGACAGGCGCUGAUACGGGGAUUAAAGCCGCACUGCGUGGAUCGUGAGAGUAAAAUCUAUAUUAUUCUAAUAAGAAGACAGAGAGGAAAAAAAGGACGUCGGCGCGUUUUCAAUGUUAAUGUCGACCGACGUUGCGUCCAUCAUGCUGCCCGUUAGUCGGGGACUGAUGGAGCGGGACACCAGGGACUUGGAGGCGAACACCAACCAGAACCCGCAGGCGCAGAACCAGAGCGCGAACCCGAACCCGGUGCGGGGGAUGAAGCGCGGAGACCCGGAGCCCGACGCGCACGGAGCGGCCGCUGCCCCCCUCGGGGACUCGGUAGGGGCCGAGUGUAAGAGACCCCGCAUGGAGGGCGGAGGGGACAUGAGCCAGAACAACGAUCCACUCAACAUGGGCUUCCACGGGUAUCCCCCAGCCAGUCAGGGUUCUCAGGAUGCCAUGGGGGCUCAGGAAGGCCUCGUCCCCCCACCGUACUCGUCCUUUCCCCCACCUCCACCUCCACCCCCGCAGAACGGCUUGCCGCUAGACUUCGGAGGCAGCGGCAUUUACCCUGCAGGGGGCCAGGGGCAAGUGGAGGCGCCUGCGGGGAUCACUAACCCCCCUUCGGCCCCCAGCACACUCAACACACAAUUAUCAGACGGUUCUCCCCAAGCCGAGGGCCAGUGCGUGUCCGGAAGCGGCUCAGGAGUUUCCGGGGCCGAAGACUCUGCAGACGGGAAGUCGACCCCAAAACGUCUCCACGUCUCCAACAUCCCCUUCCGAUUCCGAGACCCCGACCUCCGCCAGAUGUUCGGGCAAUUCGGGAAGAUCCUGGAUGUGGAGAUAAUUUUCAACGAGAGAGGCUCUAAGGGCUUCGGCUUCGUGACUUUCGAGAACAGCGCGGAUGCUGAGAAAGCCCGCGAGAGGCUGCACGGGACGAUAGUGGAGGGCAGGAAGAUAGAGGUGAACAACGCUACAGCUCGAGUGAUGACCAAUAAGAAGCUCGUCAGUCCAUACGCUAACGGAGAGGGACUCAGUGCUCUGCCUUAUGUAGCUGGUUGGAAGCUGAGCCCCAUGGUGGGUGCUAUGUAUGGGCCGGAACUCUACGCAGUUCCAGGGUUUCCGUAUCCCACAGCAGCUGCAGCGGCAGCAGCCACUACAGCCGCCACCUUCAGGGGAGCCCACCUGCGGGGUCGCGGCCGGCCCGUUUACGGUGCUGUGCGUGCAGCCAUACCGCAGCCCGCGAUUCCAGCAUACCCAGGAAUAGUGUUUCAGGACUCUGUGGUUAGUAGCAGAUUGCCGCAGGGUGGUUAUGCGGCGUAUCGCUACGCCCAGCCCACCGCCGUAGCAGGUCCUACAGCAGCAGCAGCCGCCGCCGCCGCAGCAGCCUAUAGCGACAGUUAUGGCCGUGUGUACGCAGCAGAUCCCUACGCUACAGCACUAGCAGCCCCCACGGCUGCCGCUUACGGAGUGGGAGCAAUGGCUACCCUCUAUAGGGGCGGAUACAGCAGGUUUUCUCCCUAUUAAACUCGAACCCGAAACCUCUCAGCUCCACCCAGACUUCGCCCAAUCUUUUACCAACAGCCAGUCUUUAGGAGCACACAAGUCCUUUUUUGUGGACAAACCCCCCCUGAAAACACACAGUUUAAAGAAUAAAUACUUGAGAAAGGAAAGUACAUCACUACAACAUGGGUUUUAAAAAAAAAUCAUAUGAAAUCACAUACCUAAAAAUAACUUUACAUGUCGAGUGAGACGCUGACUGAGGAAUUGCACGACUGAGGGGAAAAAAAAAUUCUUUCCUUCCUACUUUUGGCACGUUUCUCUGCACAUAUGCAUGCAGUAAUGGCUCUAGAGGAACGGUUCUAGCAGCCGACAAACUCCAUGUGCACAGAGUGUCUGGACUACAACGGACAAAGUUUGUACACAGAGUAUCACACUACAUCCUCCUCCUUAAACCUUCUCAAAGAAGCCUGGCCCCAAUCCACCACCACACUGACAGGAAGACGACACGGACCACACGAGCCACAGACAAACAGAAUCCGCACGUGCUUUAGUAAAGGAACUGAGAAAACGUGGCAUGGACGGACACGAUUGUUCGAAGUGUUGUUGUUUUUUUUUUUUUGUUGUUUUUUUUUUUUUUUUGUUGUUUGUUUUUUCCCCUUCAUUCCUUAAAUGGAAAGAAAGGGCCGGGGAUGUAAAAAAAAAAAAAAAAAAAAAAAAGGAAGAAAGAAACGAAACCAACAACUGUUACGGAUCGGACGUUUUCCGCACACAUACGGGACGAUGUGUCAUAAAAUAACAUACAGAAAAACCUUGCUUAGAACUUUUUUUUUUUUUUUUUUUUUUUUUGGUGUGUGUGUGUGUGUGUGUGUGUGUGUUUAAAAAAUUACCUCCUGCUUUUGAGGUCUUUUCGGAAAAAAAGACGUACCUUUAAAAAUUGAAUAGUGACGAUAUGCAAAUAAACUAGAUUAGAACACAAAAGUUACCAAACUUCAUUAUUAUUGUUAUAAUUAUUAUUAUUAGGCAAUUUCUUUAUCUCGCCGUCCCUGUCGACUCCUAUCGAAACGUGGAGGUUAAAAUCGUGAAAUUAUCAUGAGUAAUGUAACACUACACACUAUUCUGAUCAGAAAAAGAAAGAAACGCACACUAAGAAUUUUUUAUGUUUUGUUAUGGCCCUCAUUGGAUUAUUUUGGGCGACGUCGUGCCCUUUUUACAAGAGUCCUGUUGUCAUAUAUGCAACUUGCGUCAUUUCACGACAGGGUGCGCAGCAAGUGAAAACUUUGGAUGUUUUAAAACAAACAAACGCUAAACGACAUGCUAUUUUUUUCUCUCGCUUCUUUACAUGUAUUUACUCUUAUCUGAAUAUUGAUAUUAUGUCUUAUGAAUUUUGGUUCCAAAGAUUUCGUGAAGCACAUUUUUGUUUUGUUUGUUUUUUGGUAUACGUGUGAGCCUAUGGUAAUUUCUGUUGUUUGCCUUGUUUUAUUUUUGUUUCAAUAUAUUUUACUGUUAAUUUUUUUUUUUUUUUUGAAUUUUUUUUUUUUGAAUUUCUUUUUUUUUUUGAAGUGCAUUUGAAAAACGGUUUGAAAACGAGUUUCUUUUUUCUUUUUCUUUUUUUUUUUUUUUUUUUUGUCUGCUGUGCCAUUGCCAUCCAGUUUCCGCCGUAAUUUAUUAGCAAAACCAGUGGAUCAGUGGAAUAUUAAGCAGGUUCUUCUGUGGUCCAGUUUUUUUUUUUAAUCGGUGUACGUGCUUAAUUUUUUAUUCCCGAGUCGUGUAUCAGUACUUCCGUGCUGGAAUGUUGGAAAAAAAAAGCAUGAAACCUGAGCUACUAGGUAUUAAUCGUGUUCUGGAUUCACCCAUUUGAGGAAGGGGGGAAAAAAAUUCAGCCGUGUUGCUUAUCAACUCAACACUUACACUGUAGGUAAAGAAUAGCAAACAUUUUAAGCAUUGUAAGCGUUUUUUUUUUUGUUUGUUUGUUUUUUUAAUUUAAUUACAUUUUUUUUUUCUUUUUUUUUUUCUUUUUUUUUUCCGUUUUGUGUUCAUGCCAUGUAGAGGUCGAAUUAUUAUAUUCCACUCUUUCCAAGUCCUGGAAGUGGAACUUGUAUUAAGAUUUAAGCAGUUUUAAUCCCUCCUCUCUCAGAAACCUCAUUGAGAUGGAAGGGUGUUAACUUUUUUUUUUUUUUUUUUUUUUUUUUUUUUUUUGUGUAUUUUCGCUGUCAAUUAGGUACUUUGCAGCCUAUGCACUACGUUUCUCAGUGUUAUCAAGAAGAUUUAAGACAUCACUAGCUGCGUUCAAGCCUUCAUUCCCCCCUCAUGCCUUUUUUUUUCCUUUUCUUUUUUCCCCACUUUUUGAGAACUUCAGAUAAAUUAGGAUGGAUUUUUACAUUUUUUGUAGCCCUCCUAUGUUUUCUAGUGACUGAUGGACUACUGUUUAAACAGUACUCCAAAAUCACAGGAUUAGCGUCAUCAUAGUCCAGUGAUGUUUAUUAACGAAUUCCAUCGUGCGCUUGAAACAAGACAGGAAUUUGUGCAUCUGAUUAGAAAUAUCCGGAAAGUCCAAAAAAUAAAAGGCGAAGGGCGUGCGAGUCUAGAUUUGUUGGAUCUUCUUAUAGAGCACAGGUUUAUACUAAAUACCGUCCAGCUGUACAGUACAGGGUGGGAAUGAAACGAGCUGCCAUCUCGGGCGGCGUCCCAAUCCUUAUCCUAUAUCUCCUUUCCAUCUUUGCACAUUAUUAUAUAAAUACAUGUUGUGCAUAUUAUCCUUUAGUUUACAAUGUGAGUGUGUUUUCGGUUUGAACUCUUCCUCUCUGCAUACUCUGAUGCCAUUUGUGAUGUAAUUUGUAUCUGAAUGUCCAUAUAAACUGUUUUCCUUUUUUUAAAAUAUAUGCACAAACGAG